AUGGCAAAGAGAAAGAGAAAGAAUAGAACCCACGUUGCUCCUACCGAGGAGGAGAUGAACAAGAUCCCGAAAAGUUUUGUCAUGCGAUCGGGUAUCGUCGGUCAAUCAGUCACUAAACUAGUGCACGAUGUUCGUCGGAUCAUGGAGCCCAAUACAGCCAGUCAUUUAAAGGAACGAAGGACGAAUCGUUUAAAGGAUUUUGUCUCAGUGGCUGGUCAAUUGGGUGUGACCAAUUUCAUGAUCUUUAGCCGUACGGAAAAGAAUGUGAACUUGAGAAUCUGCCGUGUUCCUCGAGGCCCCACCUUGACUUUCCGUGUGGCAGAAUACGCGCUGGCCAAAGAUUGUUUGGCAUUACAGAGAAAUCCCAAGAGUUCCGACGCCGAGUAUCACAAGAGUCCCCUUUUAGUAUUGAACAAUUUCAAGCAAGAAGGCAAGGAGUUCAAGGUCAUGACAGCCAUGCUUCAAAACAUGUUUCCCGCCAUCGAGAUCCAAACGAUGCAACUGUCACAAGCUAGACGUGUACUGUUAUUCAACUACAACGAAGAGACAAAGAUGAUCGACGUUCGCCACUACAGUAUAGGUGUGAAGGCGACCGGUGUGUCCAAAUCGAUCAAACGUGUCAUUAAUACCGAUGUUCCCGACUUGGGUAACUUUGAGGAUAUCGCCGACUAUGUGCUAAAGGAAGCCAUCAUCUCCGAAAGUGAUGUCGAAGAUGGUCCUGAAUCCACCGUCACAUUGGCCCAAAAUUUCCCGGGUCGAAAUAACCGAAAGAAUGAACAGCGAGCCGUCAAAUUACAUGAACUGGGUCCUCGUCUUACAUUAGAACUCAUCAAGGUUGAAAAUGGUUUAUGUAGUGGCGAAGUUUUGUAUCAUCGUUAUGUGAAAAAGACGAAACAGGAGAUCAAGGAGCAUGAAGCCAAGCGACAGCGCACACUACGGGAGAAAGCAGAACGUAAACGACAGCAGGAGGAGAAUGUACAACGUAAACAGCAAGAAAAGGAAGAGCAUCGUAUACGCACUGGUGGCGCUCCAAAGAAGGGCAGUGAUGAUGAGUCGGAUGAUAACGAGGACAACCAAGAAAACACUCACGAAGCCGAUGAGGAAGAAAUGGAAGAAAACGAGUUAUCAUUUGGCGAUGAAGAUGAAGAAGAAGGAGAGGAAGAAGAAAGCGAAGACGAGGAUUAA